AUGAGUUUAAGAUGCGGACAACUUCUUGCAAUUAUAUUCGCGGCUUGCGUGUUAGGAGCAAUAACUUUAAGUUUUAGUUUCGUGAAAGUCCCAAAGAUAGAACCAGAACCAGAUCGUUUAACUGGAUAUCCUACAUGGCACGGCGUGUUUAAAGGUAUUGAUAAUCAGAAAAAGGACUCAAUGACAGCCUUCAUCUCUAUAGUCAUGCUCGUGGUUGGUGUCAUUGGCUUGAAACUAGUUAUCAAUCCACCGACAAAGCCCAGCCUUACCACUAAAUUUUACACCGUUUCCGAUGAUCCCAAUGAUGAUAACCAAGAAAGCAUUUCUGGGGUGCCAACAAUUGGUUUAAAUCGUUCACUUGUAAUUUACACUCUGGUUACAUGCGUAACUUCAGCUGCAGCUUUAAUAGUUGAUAUAGGAAAGUUGUGGAGUGUAAUAGGUUUAUUUCAUAAUUCUUUUGAACUUGUAACUUUACUCUUGAUAGGAGGUGGUGGUAGAAUAAAGAGUGUUUCAUACUUGGUGUGGAUUAUAAUUUAUAUCGUAUCUGUUGGCGGUCUUUGCAUCUUUAGUGAUUUUCCGAAUGAUGCAUUCUUUUUUAAAAUUCAAGGAUUAUGCUUUGAUUAUGCUUUGGUUAUUGAGUUUGUGCGCAUCUACAUUACUACAAAAAAACACCUCCGCGAUGCGGGAAACGAUACGCUUCCACUAAAUUCAGAAGAAAUUGAUGAUGAUGAUAACAUCCGUAAAUUAUUACCUGAUACAUUUAAUCAUCAUCCCAAACAGAUCAUUUUUUUGAUACUUGCAUCAGGCGCACAUCUUUUCGGAAACUUAUGGUCCACGUUCUUCGUUUCUUCAGCCAAUGCUAACCUGAUAUUUGGUAUAAGCUAUGCAAUAACUUUUCCACUAUAUAUCCUUUAUGUGUAUGUGGAUACUCAGGCGACUAGUGUUAUACCACAAAAACGUAUUUAUUUACCAUAUACACCUACAUGGAAGGUCAUUGUAAUUUCAAUUUAUUCACUCGCAUUAUCUUUGUUAACGUUGAGAUUAAGCGUUUUGAUUCCUACUGAAUAA